UUUAACCAAGAGUUGCACCGAGAAAAACUGUAUGAUCUCAACACUUUGAAAGAAUUAAUUCAAACAAAUCUUCCACUGUUGAAUGAACAACAGAGAUGCACCUGGUGGUACAGGAAAAACUUUUUUGAUUUCAUUAAUAUUAGCAACAAUUCGUUCACAAAAUAAAAUUGCACUUGCACUCGCUUCGUCGGGAAUCGCAGCAACUUUGCUUGAAGGUGGUCGAACAGCCCAUUCAGCACUAAAAUUGCCAUUAAAUAUGCAAAGCAAUGAAACUCCAACCUGCAACAUUUCGAAGAACUCUGCAAUGGCAAAGGUUUUGCAGCAAUGUCAAUUGAUCGUUUGGGAUGAAUGCACGAUGGCACAUAAAAAAUCUUUGGAGGCUUUAGACAGAACCUUAAAAGAUCUACGGAGCAAUCAGAAUCGAUUUGGUGGUGCAAUGAUUUUAUUAGCAGGAGAUUUUCGUCAAACAUUGCCAGUGAUUCCACGAUCAACGCCAGCUGAUGAACUCAACGCAUGUCUAAAGUCAUCCAAUUUGUGGAAAUAUGUCAAAGUACUUCAUUUAAGCAAGAAUAUGCGUGUUGAGUUGCAAAAUGACCAAUCUGGAAACAUAUUCUCUAAACAACUCAUUGACAUUGGUAAUAGCAAUUUUCCUAUUGACAUGUUGACUGAAUGCAUUAACUUUCCUCAAAGUUAUCAUUUAACUCAAUCAAAAGAAGAACUCAUUCAGAAGCCAAAAACAUUGAUGUAA